CAAAACUGUCGUCAGUCAAUCAGAGCUUCAAACAGUUGCCAUCUUAAAAGGAAUCAAGAUCAAAUAUGUCAUUUGAAAGACAAACUCUGGCUUCACAUCAGCAAUCUUGUGGCGAAGAGACACAAUAUAUGAUGAUGUCAGACAAACUCGCCGCUCCAUCAACAUUAGGGUAAACAGCAAGGAAAACCAAUCCGAGUCAGAAGAUUAUAACAGUCCAAAUUCUGUUAAGAACAUACUGAUUCCAGAAACUCCAAUAACACCUCGAAAAUCUCGAGACUUAAUUCAACGAGACGCCUUGGCUAUUGGUGCAAGUGCUAGUGUAAUGUCUGGAUUAAAUACCUCUUGGAAUGCUGACCUGGAUUUGUCAAUGGGGCUGCGUUCAAGCAAAGCUGCAUACCCCUCAAAGCAGAGCACAGUUUAUUCGAGCAGUCAAAUCGCUCAUGUUGAAGAUUUCGAUUUUGUCAAAACCAGCAGGCAAGAUAUUUCUGCUAGCCCAGAGACAUCUAGAAAGACGCGCAGCAAAAAUUCCUUUCGAAAAACCACAAAGGCAUCUCAAACAAGUUCUCGCAAUAACGACACCACCGAAUGCACAUUGGCCAUUUUUUAUGCAAAAGGCUUGAUCAAAAAGCGACCUGAACCAUUAGUGGAGUUCAAAUCUCUCAAAAUACAAGGAGACGAUGGGAAAUCUUACCACCUGAAGAUUACCUGUGAAGUUAUGGAAAACUUAAUUUCCGAGGCAACUGGAUCAAAUACGCAUUCAACGCCGGGUCAAGUUUCCAGAACUGUUUUCGAGAAAUUCAAAAAUGAUUUGAGUAAUGCUCAAGGUGUUCUUUUGGUUUACGCUGGCGAAAAAUCAAAUCAAGAAGUGGAAUUGAAGACGUUUCUUAAUGUAUUUGGCAUCCAAGCAGUACAACAUUUGAUUUACACGGGGAAGAAACUAAUUGUCAUGGACUAUUCUACAAGAGUUUCAUUGCCCGACCAAUCGGUAGAGCUUUUUCAACAACGUAACAUAGACAUAGAGACAUGGAAACGAGAGAACAACAUCGGCACCGAGUUCCAGUACAAGAUGUUUAACUACCCUUGCAAUCGCAGAGACCAGAGUCCGCUGCUUACAGAAGAGUACAUGUCAUUCUGGAAACAAGUUGUGAAAACUAUCACCAACAGUGAUCAAAAAGCACCUCUAUUCCAAAGGGCGAAGCAGAGAAUUCAGUACAAAAGAGGCAUUCGAAAAGAGCAGGAACUACGCAAGAAAUAUGGCAGCAUUCUUGAGAGAAGAGAAAGUCUUCCAGAGUAUUCGGUUAUUCUGUGUGUGCACCAACACUUAACACGAGGCGGUCCAAUUGACCAAUCAAUUUUCACAGAGGACAGUAAGAUAGACAAACCAGUUAAAAUUCACAUAGAGCCCUUCAAAAUUGAUUCUCGUGAGUCGAUGGAAAAACAGCGUGAAAAAUUUGCCCAACUGAAAAGUUACCACAAAGCUGAAGCAAUAAUGAUUCUUGGAAGCAGUAUGAACCUCUCCGAGAAAAGCGACAUCGCAACGUUCGUCCUUAACUGCAACCAAAGUAUGACAGGCCUAGUAAAACUGGUGACAGACUACCAAAAUGGAUAUCUAAACGGAAGUACUCCGUCUACAAGUCUUCUUAAAUGGGUAGAACUAGGAGCGUUUAAAAAAGAAUGGAGACAAAUUCAGUACCCUUUCUCUGAAGCACAUCUAACACAUAACGCUAUGGACCUGUUCUGGUUCGAGGUGUAUGAUACUAUCGAUAGACAACGGAGGCCGACUAUUCGAUUGGAACUGGACCAAUUGAAACCGAGACGUGGCAAACAGCAGGAUACUUGGAGGAAACCUGGAUUCUCUAAUUUCCUCAGUAAAUUCUUCAGCCAAUGUACGACAAGCAGUAAAAGUACAUCCCAACCUUUGGUCAAUUAAUCUAUUAGACAUCUGUAGAAUAUUG